AUGUGCCGGCAGUAUGUCACAGCUGCCUACGCAUGCGCCGUGCUCCAUUUCUGGACGGCACGAAUACGCAACUGGCGCGGAAGGUCUGAGCUACUGGAAUCGAUUCAUUCUUUGGCCGAGCAGCCUCUCAAAGCAGAGACCAUGGCAGAUGAGAAAGUGCUGGCUCGUGUGCACGACAAGCGCCAGCGAACCUUGAAAGCGAUUGCAAACCUGUGGUCCUUGGUUCUGGACAUUUUUCUUGCGGCUCUGUUUGUUUCCCAGCUAUGGUCAACCUCGGUCUCCUCUAUCAAGACGUUGCCAUUAUUCGUUGGCGUGGCCGGUGGCAACGUGAUCCUACACAGGCUGUGCCGUCCGGACCUCAAGCUGACGCCGGAGCGCUUGACUCGUGACACAACGAUUAUGACGCUUCUUGUGUUUGUUUCCAGCGUCGGGCUGCCCCGAGAAUUCCUCCCGUCACUGACCAUGGCACGCGUGAUGGUCAGCAGUUUUGCUACCGAUGCCCCACUUUCGAACAAGGUGAAUCUCGCCUUGACUCCGCUCUACAUACUAUCACACUGGUGUCAGAACUGGACGGCGACUUCUGGAGACCAGUUGAUCUUCACCGUCUGCAGUGAGGGCAUCAUCUUGUCCUUCUUGUCACUGGCAAUUACGAACCUUGAUGUCAAGGAGUAUCAGUUGGCAGCUGCUACCAUCGAGCUUGAGGAGAAAGUCCAGCAGGUUCGGGAGGCAGAGGCUCAGAAGCACCAGUGCAAGUGUCCUUGUGAGCUCCAUUGUUGCUCGCUAGCUGUGCUGAUGCUGUUCACAGCCGAAUGCUGUCGUAGGCACGAACCGUGCACCUGCAGAACAGGCACAGCACGGCAUCACCCCGCACGUAGAAGAAGCGAUCAGGUUUUCAACUUGGAUCCCCAACCAUUCCCCACCAGAAACCCAACCGACGAGAUGAGAUUUGCUAUUGCUACUAGUCCUGUGUCUUUUCGCCCCUGGUCACAAACCUCCGCCAAAGUUGCAACAGCCGAACCCACCAUCGAUGUGGUAGUAUAG